CGCCUUGGGGUUUGGACACUAUUCAACAACUGGGUGGGAUACAAUAAAGGUUCGUUUCGAUAGAAAUCUAUAAACAGUUGUACGAAAUUUUGUGCGUAUACGGUUGAGAUUGAUCUACUUGAUUUCAACAUCAGAACAGCGUCUUCGGGUGAAGAGCAACUUGAAAGCGAAAGAAACAGAGAACUGAGCAUUUCAUGCUCUGAGAUUGGUUGUUUGAACAAGAAUUGUGUAAACAAUUUUUGCACUUCCGCAAAAAUCAUGAGUUCGCUGGGAAAAAGCAAAAGCCUUCCAGCACACCAUGGUGGAACUGUCAAUAAAAAGCCCAAAGUUCACAAAAUAGUCGUGAUGGGAGAAGGAGGAGUUGGCAAAUCAGCAAUAACAUUACAGUUUGUGAGCAACAUUUUCUUGGAUGUUCGAGAUCCUACAAUAGAGGAUGCAUAUCAAUCUCAAAUAGUGGUAGAUGAUGAAGCGUGUAUGCUGGAUAUCCUUGACACUGCAGGACAGGAAGAAUUUGCUGCGAUGCGAGAACAAUACAUGAGACAUGGAGAGGGGUUCAUAUUUGUUUAUUCCGUAACAGAUUUUAGUAGUUUUCAAAUGCUAAGCAAACAUCUGAAGACAUUAGAAAGAGUGCGAAAUUUUGAGCCUGUACCUCUAGUUCUUGUUGGAAACAAAUCUGACCUAGAUGAAAGGCGCCAAGUGAGUUUUAAUGAAGGGGCUGCUUUAGCUACUGAAAUGGACUGUUUGUUUUUAGAAGCAUCAGCACGGACACGGAGAAAUGUCGAUGAAACAUUUUGUGGUAUGGUAAGAGAAAUAAGACGACGCAAAAGAAAUGGAUCCGAGUUGGGGAAACUAGAACACAAAAAAGGGCUUUUGAAACGAGUUCGGAAAUAUCUCAAAAACUUAGUAAAGUAGACUUGAAAUGUUCGAACUUCAGUGGACAUUUCUUUGCUGACAGAGAAAUAGGCGGGAAAAUGUCCCAUUAAUAACUUCACUAGAUAUUUAAUUAAUCAGGCAGGGCCUGGGAGAAUCCAAUAUCUACCCUUGGAAUGCGGCAGUGUGAUACAGAAGCAGUUUUUUAAAUAAACCGCUAUCGUAAUAUGCUACUGCUUUGUGUGUUUGUUGUUAUGUUAAAAAACUUAGUCUUACAUUUUUAAAGUAAUAAUUAGGUUAAAGUUUGCGUACUUUUAGCACUACUAUUAAUUUCAGGGAACAGCCAUUUGACCGUGUCUCUCUUCCCCGUAUUUUAAAAUUAAAACGAAACUUUUUUGUUACCUAUCAUCUACAAAAAAAGAUAAAUUUGUAACUGAAAAUGAAAACCCAAUCGAAAAUGGACGAUGUUUGGUUUGGUUUGAGCAGCUUCUAUUGCAACUGAAGGCUCUCAGAAAAAAAACUAGGUGUAAAAUUUGUUGGCUCUUGACAAGAAUUUAUAAUCAAAAUUUAAAAAAGGUAAAUUCCCGCUUUAUUUUAUCCACGGAUGUAUGGCUGUUAAGCUUUAAAGGAUUGAAUUAAAGUAUAAGUCUAAAUCAGAACAAAAAUUACAUCUCGUGAACCCAGCCAUAAAGGAGAAGAAUGUUUUUCUCUAAUUUCCUCUAAAUUCUUAAGCAUCGUCACCAGUUUUUUGCCAAAGCAAAUUGUUAUUCUCUUUGGUAUUACACAAUGAGUUAUUUUGAUAGCAUUACGUCACAGUUAACUUUAUUGCUCAAUGAUCUACAUAAUGUAAAUAUAUACAUGAUAUUGGUGAAUAUUGUCCAGACAUAACGCUGUAUUUGCUUUUUGUCGAAUAUAUUGCUGUUAGAAACUUUUUAACUUACAGAUAUAUUUAUGUAUUGUAUAUAUCAGCACGUUUCUGGUAACAUACAGUUCAAUUGCCUU